UUAUUUAUUUUAUUUUAUUUUAUUUUUGAUGGGUUGCUUUAAACGAAGACUUCCUGACAGCUCACCAAGUGCCUGAACCUUGUAGGCAACUGGGAUAUUGUCGAACAAUAAUCAAGACCACUUGAAAAAAAAAAAAAGAAAAGAGCUAUGGGAGUGAACAGCAGACAAGACUUCCUUUCCUCGCCGUUUCCACUAGCACAGAACAGGGUAGACUUUUAAAGCUUCGUCCCAGAAAAUAGCACAAUCCGCCUGGGAGACGGAUUCAGGCCCCAAACCUUUCUGACCCCGUAGAAAAGGCGGAGAGGACGCAGCUGAGAAUUGGCUUAAAACCGCCCAACAGACUUGGCAGUCGCCGAAACGCUGAGUGAGAAUCCGCUCGCUGGCCCAGGACGCCCACGCCGCAGCCCGCGGGGCUUUCCUCUCACCACAGUCCCGCCGCUGAGGGGGCGCCGCCGCCGGCUCGGUUGGGCUGCGCCGAGGGCUGCGCCGCGGGGCCCACCGCAGGGGGGAGCGCGCAGCCCGCGCCCUCCGGAGCCAGCCGGUCGGCCCCGCCGCGGGGGGGGGGGGGCUGCCAGCGCCCGCGUCUCCCCCGCCGCCUCCGACGUGACCCCGGCGCGCUCGCGUCCCGGGCCGGUGACACGCGCGGGCCACGCCGAGAGGCCCCAUGCGCGCCCGCCCUCCCCCGGCCGCCGCCGCCGCCGCCGCGUGCCGAGCCCCGCUCCGGCUCCUCCGCACAGGACUAGCCGCCGCCAUGUCUGCCGCCAGGCCGCUCAAGUCCGUGGACUACGAGGUGUUCGGCAGAGUGCAGGGUGUUUGCUUCAGAAUGUACACGGAAGACGAGGCUAAGAAAAUAGGAGUGGUUGGCUGGGUGAAGAAUACCAGCAAAGGCACUGUGACAGGCCAAGUGCAAGGCCCAGAAGAGAAAGUCAAUUCCAUGGUCCUUUUGUCAAAGGUGAUGGCAGACACUAUGACAGUGGCUAAAGUCACCCAGAAAAAGUACAGAGAAAGCAAGCCAGGCAAAGGCACAGAACUUUGUGGAAAACUUAUUUUUAAGGGGAUGUCCUGGCUGAGCAAGGUUGGAAGUCCCAGUUCUCGCAUUGACCGCACGAACUUUUCUAAUGAAAAAACCAUCUCUAAACUUGAAUACUCGAAUUUUAGUAUCCGAUACUAAUAGAAGUAAAAAUUUUAAUGCUUACAUUGCACAACAAACUCUAUAUAUUCUUAAGUCUAUGUACUAGAAUAUUAGUAGCAGAGUAAGUUAAAAAAGGAACUGUUCUGAAAGCUACAACACAGUAUGUGUUACUAAAAAUGUCUGACACUGAAAUAGUUUUACUCAACUAUGUUUUUAAAAAGUAAAAACGUAACAUUAUAAAUGUCAUUACAAAACAUUUAAUAUGAAUAUUUAAACUUGUGUCUCAUGAAAUCUUUGAUGAAUGUCCUAGCAAACAUGUCAUUUGGCUAGGCAUAAAAUAAAGCUCAUAAUUUAAAAAUUAA